ACUCAAUCGGAUAAGGAAGGUCUUUAGUAUAAAUUACCUCACGUCAAUUGCCGACAAUGUCGCUCAGACAUGGUCCCUGCUGUUCCGGUACUGUGAAGAAAUAAAAAUAAAAAAAUGCACGCCCCGACUAUGAUUACGCAUCUGGGCCGUGCCCUCGCUUUGCUGCUAGCUUCAACCACGGCCGCGGCAGCAACAGAGGUGUCAGGUACUGCCAAGUCUCGGCCACCCCUAGCGCCACCACCACCACAUGAGCAACAACAUCAUCAUCAGCCGACCUACCAAUCCCUGCCGUCCCUGCGCGACCAGGCGACCCUCGUGGACGCCUGGACGGCCGAGCGCCGCGCGCUGAUCCCCGGCCUGCUGGCCAAGCACGGCGUCGACGCCUGGCUGGUGUCGCAGCGCGAGUACGCCGAGGACACGGUCUUUUGGUCCCUCAAGCGCAAGGAGCAGUUUAGUGCCCGCCGGAGGACCCUGGAGCUGUUCUUGUCGUCGUCGUCGUCGGAGCAUCGUCAGCAGGGCCGAGACGAAAGGACGUCGUACACCUGGAUCGAAAACAGGCCAGAGGUGCUGUUUGCCGAGCUGCGCAAGGUACUGGAGCAUCACCGACCGGCCAGCAUCGCCAUCAACGCGGCGGAGGAGGUUGCCUUCGCCUCGGGACUGCACGCGGGCGAGCUGGAGAUAUUCAGGCGGCAUCUGAACGGGACCGAGGGCGGCGAUGGCGAUGCCACGAAUUGGACGGACCGCUUCGUCACUGUGCCCAUGCUGGCAGUCGAGUACAUUGCCUCGACGGUCGAGGGCAGGACGGCAUGGUACCGCCGGCUGAUGGAGACGGCCUGGGCUCUCGUCAGCGAGGGCUUCAGCGCCGAGGUCGUCAAGCCCGGCGUCACGACCACGGCGGACCUCGAGUGGUGGUUCCGCGAAAAGACGCAGGCGCUGGGCUACUCGACCUGGUUCCAUCCGGACGUCAGCAUCGUCCAAGAGGGCUUUGGCUUCUUGUCCAACGACGACGACAACGACGACGGCAUGGUCAGGUCCAACAAGGAAAAGGCUAUCAACUAUGGAGACUUGCUACAUGUGGACUUUGGCGUCUCCGCGCUGGGGUUGAACACGGACACGCAGCACCUGGGAUACGUUCUCGGGCCGGGCGAGACGGAGCAUGACGUCCCCGCCAGCCUGCGCGAGGGCCUGAAAAAGGCCAACAGGAUGCAGGACAUUGUGAGACAGAGCAUGAAGAUUGGAAGCACCGGAAACGACAUCCUGAAGACCUCCCGGCAGCUAAUGAAGGAACAAGGCAUUGCCGGCAAGGUCUACUGUCAUCCCAUCGGGGACUGGGGUCACUCUGCCGGUACUUUGAUAGGAAUGACCAACCUGCAAGACGGCGUCCCGAUCCUCGGCGACCUGCCCCUCUUGAAAAACACAUACUACAGCGUCGAGCUCCUGGCAGAGCACUGGGUCCCUGAACGCAACGCCACGCUUGUCUUUCCGCUCGAGGAAGACGUCUACUGGAACGACGAGACCCAGACCUGGGACUGGGUUUAUGCCAGACAGGAACGUUUCCAUCUCAUUGAAACUGCAGCCUUGAGUGAUUCGCUCCCAGGAUUCGGCGAACUAUAGGGCCGAGUUUGAUAAGACUCGGCUCUGAAACUGAUACCACAGGCAUGGCUGUUAGCUCAAGAGGCAAAGGAAGUCAGUAAUUACUGGGGACUUUGAAGGACGGGGUUGGCACCGAGGUCAGGGCACUCCAUAGGUAUCAAUCCUACAUAGUUUCUCAUGCCGGAGUCAUCCGAAACCUUGCUUUGACACUGAGCUGGUGUGCCCAGGUACACAAGUGUAAGCAGACGAUUAGGUAGGCAGUUAAAUACAGAAGCACGUACGCUAGUACACUUGUUAUACUCCCGAGCUCGACUAAUACGUUGGACGCCGAA